GAGAGUAGAGAAGAAGAAGAGGAAGAAGAAGAAGAAGAAGAGGGAGAGGGAGAGGUUGUGGUGGUGGUGGUUGUUGUGGAUGUCGCCUCCUCUGGAGCACGACUACAUAGGCCUCUCGGAGGCCUCGUCGGCGGCGGGGCCCGGGGGCGGCGGGGGGGCCGCCGGAGGGGAGGGGCGCGCGGCGGCGGCGGCGAUGAGCGUGAGGGAGACGGAGCUGAGGCUGGGGCUCCCAGGGUCGGAGUCGCCGGAGCGGAAGGAGGUGGGGGUGGGGCUCACGCUCGAGCUGCUGCCCAAGGGCCUCGUCUCCGGCGCGAAGCGGGGAUUCGCGGCGGCGGCGGCGGAUGCGGCGCCGGAGAAGGCGCCGGCGCCGGAGAAGAAGGCCCAGGCGCCGCCCCAGGGCGGCGACCGCGGCCUCGCCCCUGCUGCUAAGGCACAAGUGGUGGGUUGGCCACCAAUUCGUAGCUACCGCAAGAACACGAUGGCGACGAACCCACUGAAGAGCAAAGAAGAGGCGGAAGCGAAACAGGGGGCGGGAUGCCUCUAUGUUAAGGUUAGCAUGGAUGGUGCCCCUUAUCUCAGGAAGGUUGAUCUCAAAACCUACAACAAUUAUAAGGAUUUGUCGUCGGCGCUCGAGAAGAUGUUCAGUGGAUUUACCAUCGGUCAGUGUGGGUCUCAUGGAACUCAAGGGAGGGAUGGUUUAAAUGAGAGCCGGCUGACUGAUCUUCUUAAUGGAUCCGAAUACGUGCUCACUUAUGAAGACAAGGAUGGUGAUUGGAUGCUUGUUGGUGAUGUCCCGUGGGAGAUGUUCACGGACUCUUGCCGGAGGCUGAGGAUCAUGAAGGGUUCAGAUGCAAUUGGACUUGCUCCGAGGGCUGUGGAGAAGAGCAAGAACCGGAACUAGCAACAACUCCGCUAUCCUCAGUUGAAGAGCGAGCAAAUCCGGUGGCUGUAAGGGACCUCAUCAAAACUGAAACCUCUUAAGUGUUUUUAGCUUGCAAUUAUCUUAUGUCUAUCCUAUUUUGUGGUUUGCCGUUUUCACGCGUGGACUACGUCUUUUAUGUUAGAUUGCUAAGUUCUCCUAGGAACAUAAGCUCUAUUAGAUUGUCAUCAAGUCUUUGUACGCCUGCUUGUUAUUCUAUUUGUGUAAAUGCUUGGUAUGAUGCUUGCAACUACUGUGGUUUGGACACUAUUUUCGUUGAUUGCAAAUGUAUCCGCAGACUCGGUUGUUCUACUA